CAGCUGGAGGUGGGUCUGCCUGCUCCUCUUUCUAUUAGCCAGCUGCCUGUGCUAGGCUGAUUCUGCCAUGCUUCUAUUAACCUUCCCAGUAUCACGGCAUUUUGUGCUGAAAAGCAGAAUCUGGUCUUCCUGUUGUAGGAGGACUGCUGCAAUGUCUACCCUGUUACUGAACCAGCCCCAGUAUUCAUGGCUGAAAGAGCUGGGACUGAAAGAGGAGAAUGAGGGAGUCUACAAUGGGGUAUGGGGAGGGAAAGGAGAGGUUGUGACAUCGUAUUGUCCUUCUAAUAAUGCACCGAUUGCCAGAGUUCGACAGGCCACUCUUGAAGAAUAUAAUGAAACUGUAAUUAAGGCAAAAGAAGCAUGGAAGAUCUGGGCAGAUGUUCCAGCUCCAAAACGUGGAGAAAUUGUACGACAAAUAGGUGAUGCCCUACGCAAAAAGAUUAAACUCCUAGGACACCUGGAAUCUUUGGAAAUGGGGAAGAUUUUAGUUGAAGGUGUUGGUGAAGUUCAGGAAUACAUUGAUAUCUGUGACUAUGCUGUUGGUCUUUCCCGUAUUAUUGGAGGACCAAUAUUGCCUUCUGAAAGACCUGGACAUGCUCUGAUUGAACAGUGGAAUCCUGUGGGUUUAGUGGGAAUUAUCACAGCUUUCAAUUUCCCCGUGGCUGUUUAUGGCUGGAACAAUGCACUUGCCCUUAUUUGUGGGGAUGUGUGUCUAUGGAAAGGAGCCCCGACGACAUCUCUUACCAGUGUGGCUGUUACAAAAAUAGUUGCUCAGGUUUUAGAAGAUAACAACUUACCUGGUGCUAUCUGCUCCUUGACAUGCGGUGGAGCUGACAUUGGGAAUGCUAUAGCCAAAGAUGAGCGUGUGGACCUCGUGUCAUUUACGGGUAGCACCAAUGUAGGAAAGCAAGUGGCUCUUAAAGUUCAGGAAAGGUUUGGAAGACAGUUACUUGAACUUGGUGGAAACAAUGCAAUCAUUGUUUUUGAAGAUGCUGAUCUUAGUCUUGUGACACCAUCCGUUCUUUUUGCUGCUGUGGGCACUGCGGGCCAGAGAUGUACAACAGCCAGACGGCUGUUUUUACAUGAAAGCAUUCAUGAUGAAAUUGUGGAAAAGUUGGCCAAGGCCUAUGCACAAGUGCGUAUUGGAGACCCUUGGGAACCUGAAACAUUAUGUGGACCUUUGCAUACUAAGCAGGCUGUGGAAAUGUUCCUUUCAGCAAUUGAACAGGGAAAAUGUGAAGGUGGAACAAUUGUCUAUGGUGGAAAGGUUAUUGAUCGUCCAGGAAACUACGUUGAACCAACCAUCAUGACUGGAUUACCCCAUGACUCGCCGAUUGUUCACAAAGAGACUUUCGCUCCUAUCCUUUAUGUUAUUAAAUUCAAGUCUGAAGAAGAGGCGUUUGCAUGGAAUAAUGAGGUCAAACAAGGUCUUUCGAGCAGCAUCUUUACUAAGGAUCUAGGGAGAAUUUUCCGCUGGCUUGGGCCAAAAGGUUCAGAUUGUGGUAUAGUGAAUGUCAACAUUCCUACUAGUGGAGCGGAGAUUGGAGGCGCUUUUGGAGGGGAGAAGCACACUGGAGGAGGGAGAGAGUCAGGCAGUGAUUCUUGGAAACAUUAUAUGAGAAGAUCUACUUGUACCAUUAAUUACAGCAAGGACUUGCCGCUAGCUCAAGGCAUAAAGUUCCAGUAAAUGGCCAGUAGAUGACUCUCUACGUCUUGGAAACAUCAUCACUACAGAGGAAUUGUAGUGUUUUUUUUGUUUUUUUUGUAAUGCUAAGCUUAAAAGCUUGGACUAGUAUUUGAUUGAAGAUUGAUUUGCCUCUAUUCUGGAUAUUUCAAUAAUUUUGCUGGCUUCCCUAGGAAUUUGUUAGUUUCCGAACAGUUUUUUUUUUUUUUUUUUUUUUUUUUAGUGAUCAAAAUGGAAUACAGCCAUCUCACAAUCUUGCCGAAUGUACUUUUUGUUCUGUAGUAGGAACAUUUUUUUGAAAUGUAAUUUUACAGUAUACAGAUUGUCAUUUGUGAUUCUUUUUAUAUCCUAGGAAAAUGCUGUAUCUAUUUACAGGCUUUAUAAUUCAAUUUGAGACCUAUUUUUCAAAAAGAGACCAAUCUGGAUGUGAAUGACCCUAUACAUCAGCUUCAGAUAUCAAAAUGUAGUCUAUAUAAGAAUUUGGUGAAAUUAUCAGCAUAUGCAUACGUUGCAUUGUAGUUUCCUUUACCUCCUCGUUAUUGCUGCUAUGGUGAAUGCAUUUGCCUGCAGUAUGCAGUGCACACGAACAGGCUUAUUCGCUAAAGUUCAAUUGGAAGACGAAGACUGCAAAAUCCAAUCAUUAAGAUUUAACAAUGCCCGGAUUUAGUCCUGCUGACUCCAGCCGAGUAUUGUAUCCGAAAUUCUUCUGGGCUAAAUGCUGCUGUAUGGUUAAAAUUCAGCCACUGGUUUUCAAUGCUCGAACUCAUAAAUAAAUCAAAUACAAAUAUUUAAAACGCUUUUUUUUUUUAACCCAGCAGUCCACUGGAUAGCAAGCACUGGCUGGGUGCUGAAUAGGCUUGCACUGCCAGUGGAUAAAAUAGUCCUGAUUAUUAUUGUUUGCUUACAAAAAGAACGUGAACGCUAACUUGCGACUGUGCAUCCUAUCUGAUGUAUUAUGUCCCGAUACCCCUUACAAAAUGUGCUUUGGAAAUUUUCUUGAUCUUAGAUUUUAUAUAAGAUUCAGACAUGAAAACUUAAAUCCGACUGCAUUCGAUAAAACUUGCAGAUUUGGUUAAGAGGAUCAAAUUCUGACCAAAUCUGGCUUUAGUAAAUGUGAGAAUUGCCAUUUUAGUUGGUAUUUGGAAUGUUGUCCACCCACAAUAACCCUGUAAGAAUUGUGGCUUAUCGUGACAAUCAGUUUAGGGCUGGCUUGAUCUUUGGAAAAAGCAUAAAUAAAUCCACAAACUAAAUUUCACUAUAAGGUCUCAUCAUUGCUGUGUGUUGU